UAACCUUUAGACAUCUGUGUAUUUAGUUAAUUCAAUGUCCGAUUGUCCCAGCUCCGUACCCACCAAAGUAUCUCUUCCCUUCCCUUUCCCGGAUCGAGAAUCUUCAGAUCACCAAUUCCCAUGGAAAAUCGCUCAACACGAUUCUGGGCGGUUCGGAUUCUGCUCCUCGUAAGCAUCAUCAACAUCGGAGCUUCCAAUGCCUCGAUCCACGACUACAAGAACGAAAAAUUCAUCCCACAAGCCAACGCUCGUUUCUUCCACGGCGGCAGCGAAGGUCUCUACGCCUCCAACUCUCAACUCCUAAACACUUCUUCCGACACCUCUCUUAAAGGAAAGUCCUUUAUAAGGUUUGAUGACGUAACCUUUGUGAGGACUAAGGAAUCCGCUAGCAAACAGAACCCUAUGCAGUCCACCACAGGUCUGGUCGAAGCGAUACUACUCGAGGUCAAAGACCGUGACCGAAUCGGUGGAUCUUUCCUCAAAAACAACGCUGCUAUUUGCUGCACUCCUGACCUUGCAGACGCUGGCUCUUGCACUCUCGGUGAAGUCAUCAUCAAGAGAGAUUCUAAUGAUGAUGAUAAGUGGCCGAGACAGAUCAAGACUUUCUUUAAAGGGAACAAAACACAAGUCACCAUGUCUCCAGAGACCGUGGUGAUAAACAAGACAGGGAUGUACUAUCUUUACUUCGUGAUAUGUGACCCGGGUUUGGACGGUACUUUGAUCAGAGGAAGAACGGUUUGGAAGAACCCUAACGGUUAUUUACCGGGAAAGGUUGCUCCUUUGAUGAAGUUUUUCGGGUUCAUGUCAUUGUCUUAUCUCUUGCUAGGUCUCGUUUGGUUUCUGAGGUUUGUUAAGUUCUGGAAAGAUAUCAUUCACCUGCACUAUCAUAUCACUUUGGUUAUUGCGCUUGGGAUGUGUGAGAUGGCUGUUAGGUACUUCGAGUACGCUAAUUUCGAUUCUACCGGGAUGAGACCGAUGGACGUUACUCUGUGGGCGGUUACUUUUUCCUCCAUUAAGAAGACGCUUUCGAGGCUUCUUCUUUUGGUUGUUUCUAUGGGUUUUGGGGUGGUGAAGCCUACUCUCGGUGGGAUAACGUCUAAGGUGGUUCUUCUUGGAGUUGUGUAUUUCGUUGCGACGGAGGGUCUUGAGUUGGUUGAGCAUUUGGGAAACAUUAAUGACUUUUCUGGUAAGACAGUGAUGUAUUUGGUGAUUCCAGUGGCGAUACUGGAUGCUUGUUUUAUUCUGUGGAUUUUCUCAUCGUUGGCAAGAACCCUUGAGAAGCUUCAGAUUAAGAGAAACAUGGCUAAGCUUGAGCUAUAUAGGAAUUUCACCAACGCACUAGCUAUCUCUGUUCUGUUCUCUAUUGCUUGGAUUGGUUUUGAGCUUUACUUCAACGCAAGUGACCCUUUAAGCGAAUUCUGGCGAAUAGCGUGGAUCAUUCCAGCGUUUUGGAAUCUACUAUCUUAUGGCUUAUUAGCAGUCAUAUGCAUCCUUUGGGCUCCAUCCAACAACCCCACCAGGUAUUCAUACUUAGCAGAAACAGGGGACGAGUUUGAAGAGGAAGGUAUAUCGUUGACGAGUGGUGGAGUUAAGAUUACAGGCGAUGUUGAAAGGAAUGAACUUCUAUACGGGCUUGCAGACGAGGUUGAGGAGGACAAACGCGAGUAAACUUCAGGUAGUAGCCUAUAUCUAAUGAGAGUCUAUACCCCAGGUUACUGAGUCUUUGCAUCCUAGUUUGUAACCUUUAUGUAAAUCUUUAAACCUUUGUGCCUGAGUAAGAUGUUUUUAUGACCCUUAAAGACUCUUAUUUACUCAGAUCAAAGUUCUUGUAGUCUUACUUGUUUACUUUCUAUAAGGACAAAAGUUCCACCGAAGAUCUCCUGCUAUAUAUAUACAGACUGUUUUUUUUGUU